AUGCCUCUCCAAUUAACCGUCAAGAAAAUCGACGGUAAACCCGGCCAGGUUUACUACCCCCUCCAACUAAACACCAUCCCCAAGCCCACUCCCGGGCCCGGCGAACUCCUCGUCCGCCUGCGCUCUUGCGCCCUCAACCACCGCGACCUCUUCAUCCGCCAACACUUGUACCCGGGCAUCUCCUUCGAGCACCCCUUUCUCGCCGACGGCUAUGGCGUCGUCGAAGCCGCCGGCCCUGCCGUCUCCUCCGCUUCCGCCCAACUGAUCGGAAAACCGGUGCUUAUCACCCCCUCGCGCGGCUGGAUAUCGUCCCCUGAUGGGCCCGACGACCCGAACCAGCCAUGGACGGUAAUCGGCUCUGCGCAGCUGACUCCCGCUGGCACAGCGCAAGAAUACACUGUGGUGCCGGAAGCGGAGGCCGUGCUGGCGCCGGAACACCUUAGCGCUGCUGAGGGCGCGGCACUGCCUUUGGUUGGAUUGACCGGGUGGCGAGCGCUGGUUAGUAAGGCGCAGGCCAAAGCCGGGCAGAAUAUCUUGGUGACGGGGAUCGGCGGUGGUGUGGCGCUUCAGGUGUUGCAGUUUGCUGUUGCCUUGGGGUGUAACGUUUUUGUUACGUCCGGUAAUGCCGAGAAAAUUGAAAAGGCGAAGAAGAUGGGUGCGCGGGGGGGAGUCAUUUAUAAGGAGAAGGACUGGGAUAAACAGCUUUUGAAACAGCUGCCGAAGGAUAGGCCGUUCUUGGAUGCGGUGGUGGAUGGUGCCGGUGGGGAUGUCGUGGCUAGGAGCGUCAAGCUGUUGAAGAGCGGAGGGAUCAUUUCGAGUUAUGGAAUGACGGUUAGCCCGAAGAUGGAUUGGUUGAUGCAGGCUGUGCUGAAGAAUGUGGAGUUGAAGGGGAGCACGAUGGGGAGCAGGAAGGAGUUUGAGGAGAUGGUGAGGUUUGUAAGGGAGAAGGGGAUCAGACCGGUGGUUAGUAAGGUGGUGAAGGGGUUGGAUAAUUUGAAGGGGAUUGAUGAAUUGUUUGAAGAGAUGAAAGAGGGGAGACAGUUUGGGAAGCUGGUCGUUUUGAUUGAUGGGAAGGAGGAGGGGAAGGAGAGUAAGUUGUGA